CUGUCUGUAACACUCUUUCAUAGAGUAUUGAAUGAAAACUGUUGUUUUUGAGAUCUGAGAGUCUUUCCUGUGUGCUGUCUCUCUCAGGUUCCCAUAACUCAUUGUUUAAAAUGUCUAUCUGUGGGAGCAAUUAACAGAACCAGGAGCAAAGCCAAAUCGACUGCGAGGCCAAGAGCUGAAACAGCAGCAGGAGGACUCCCUGCUCAUUGGUGGAUUCAGCUGCGUCUGGGGCUCGUUGCAAACACCUCCUGUAGGCAUCCAGCCCUUCCUGAAGAGGAUCAUGCACCACCAGGGCUCAUGGGAACUGGAUGAGCAGCGGAGCUGUGGAUGCGUGGAAGGGCACUUAGAGGUCAUGAAUCGCUGUCAGGGAAACCUUCAUUCAGAGGGCUUUAAAGCCCUUCUUAACUGUUUCUUCCACCUCGCGGCAUCCAGAGGGCGGAGAGAAAAGGAAAACGCUGCUUUUCAGGGCAGGUGUCGAUACAGCGGAAGUGAAAGAGAAUGGCUAAUACAUCUGACGUGAUGACGAAUCGAUUACCAUCCUUCCCAGUGUUUUUGAACAGAGUCCAGAGCCUGUAGACCAUAAGGCCGAGGGUAGCUUGACCUGUUGUGAAUGUCCAUGAUGGAGUGGACUGAAAUGCUCAUCUCACAGCGCAACCGAUCUUGACCUACGCGGCCUUCUCUGCAUUUACUCCUUUCUCCCGUAAAACCUACCAGAUUGAGGCCUCCAUUGGGUCAUUACCCACAAGCCUCUUUAUUAAACUCAUCUGUCAAACGCCACAUCAUAAAGAGCAAAAACUGAACAGCAGAAAAGCAGACCCAGAUCUCUCCGUCUGUUAGUCCAGGACAACAAGUGCCCUGUCUUUGGACUUCAGAGGUCCUGUCAGGUUGGAGUUUCACUUCAGCACUCCAUUGGACAUAAAACUAAAUCUGGAUGCGCAGGAAUCUUCAGAUAAUGAGUUGACACGCAGCCCACCGUAAGCAGGUGAUCCUCACAUUUCUCAUGCUUUUGAGUUUGCUCUCCGUUGUGUGCUUUUUGUCUUUGUUUUGUUUUCUUCCUCCGUCUGCCACACAAGUCUUGGCACUGCAAGGUGAAUCUCCCAGCGUCUCUCACACAGGCAGAAUGCCAAUUAGAUGUGCCGAGUCAUUGGCAGACCGACGAGGAAUCUGCGCCUGCAGAAAGAGCUGGGAUGCCCAUAAAUGAUAAGGAAACACAUGCUGCAUUUUCGUCUGAUUGGCGACUAGACAUUACUGGAUCCUGAACGAGGCAUUUAAAAAUACCUUGAUGUUCAUGAGUAAAGCAGAUCCUCCAUAAUUAUGCUGAUUUCUAAGAUGCCUCAUUCUGGCCAAACUAAUAGAGAAGGCAAACACUUGGUGGAAAUAUCCAUCCAAGCAGGAGAAAUGUCUAAUAAACAAAAGUCAAAAAUAUGAAUAAUGAUCCCCGCACAGUCCAGAGAAGAGCUUUGGAGUAAAGAUGCCACUGGACAGCCCCUCUCUCACGCGCAGAAGUCAUCCAUAUUGGAAAACCUUCACACCAGAGUCUCACUUGGGCAGCCAGAGAUUGAACUCAAACUCAAGCCUCCUCAAAAAUCAACCUUGAAUCAAGUGUGUUCAACCAGCCAUCAGAUGAGUGCCAUUUUCAGCAUUUCAGACCUCAUCAUAAAGACUCCUGCUACAAAUGGAUGAAAUUUAGCAGCCAUCAUCAACACUACAUGGAACAAGAGAUCCCGUGUUUCUCACUGGAGGGAGUUUCCCACCUGACUGGCCCGUCUACAGUGAGACUCUCAUCAAACUCAGCGUCUAUGGUGUGAAUGAUGGCCACCAGCAGAUGAUGGUGAUGGGAGGAAUGUGUCACAAAACACAGUGCAUCACACUCUGCUGCAUAUAGGGUUGUAUAGCCACAGACCAAUCAGAGCGCCUAUGAUGACCCCUGUCCACUGUUGAAAGAGCCUACAAUGGGCAAGCGAGCAUCGGAACUGGUCCGUGGAGCAGUGGAAGAAGGUCACCUGGUUCGAUGAAUCCCAUUUUCUUUUACACCACGUGGACGGUCAUGUAUGUGUGAGCUGUUUACCUGAGGAAGUGAUGGCACCAGGAUCACUGUGGGACGACAACAAGCCGGUGGAAGGAGUGCGACUGGAAUAUUCUGCUGGAAACCCUGGGUCCGGCCAUUCAUGUGGACAUAUUUGACACGUGCCACCAACCUAAACAUUGUGUCAGACCAGAGCAACUUCUUGGGAAGUAGCAGCUUCUCCGUGGCCGAUCUCCUCCAGUCCAAAGACCAGCAGCUUUCUCUCAGCCUGAGGACAGCAGAUGAUUCAGCGACAGUGGGCACAGUGGUGGUGAGCCGACUGAAGAUGGGUGAGAUUGAGGAUGGCGAGGUGGACCACAUUACCGCCGACAUGCACCAGAAGUGCACGCUGGUGUACGAGUCGUCACACGGAACCAAUAAUGACAAAGAUAACGGACCAAUAAUGAAUGCUGUGUUUAAGAACGCGGUGUGUAAGGUGUACAGGUUUCAGACAGUGGACAGUAAAUGGAUGUUGGUGCGGGAACAGAUGGCAGAGUGCACACUGUCCUUCAGCGUCCCGAAGCAGCUCAUCGCCCUCUACAUUCAGGAGGACACCUGCAGGAUACAGGAGCUGAAAGAUCUGGGAGAGCUUUCUCCACACUGGGACAACCUACGGAAGGACGUGAUCUCUCGCUACGACCAGAUCAUCAAAGAAUACCAGGACACGCUGGUGGAGCUCGAGAAACUUACUGGCCCGUUGUUCAAGCCCAGCUGCAGCAAAGGCCAAAGAUAUCUGGAGUUCAUUCCCAUCAACCUGCACACACAGAGAAUGCGGGUGACAUGUCCAAGAAAAACAGAUUCCUUCUAUGAUGUGGUCACAGUAGGAGCUCCGGCAGCCCAUUCGCAAGGCUUCAAAAAUGGAGGCUUGCAGAAACUGCUCAGCAAAUACGAAACCGAGAAGAAGAGCUACAGCACAGCGUAUCAGUGCAUUUACUAUCCUCCAGAUCAGACGGCCAAGGCCAGGGAGAUCCUGUGUGUGGUGUCUCAGCUGCAGCCGCACAUCUCUGCGCUGGCCGAUCAGCUGCUCCAGGCGGCCCAGCACUGCUACACCGACGCUCUGAGGGACAUUCUCAAGAGCCUGGAGGAGAAGACAGAUCAGUUUGUUCGUGCUCUGAAAGAUGAGCUGGUGAAGAGCGCCCUCCUAGCGCUGCACGCCGCCCGUCCCGGCUACGUCAGCAAAAGUCAGACUUCUACUCCAUCCAGCCCUCCCAAGGCCGACUCGCCCCCAGGCGUGACCGAGGAGCCGCACACCGUCUGCAAUAAUGUUGACGGCACUCAGACGCCCCCGAAAGAAAGCAAAGCGUCUCCUCUCCGCUCCGACUCCAUCCCACACCACAAAGAGUACGACGAGGAGGAAUGGGACAGGGUCUGGGCCAGUGUGGCGAAGAGUUUGAACUGUGUCAUUGCCAUGGUGGAUAAAUUACAGGAGCAGGACAACAACAACCAGGAAUCAGCGCCCUGCCACACGCUCGCUGACGUCAUCACCUCACACAGUCCUGAUCGUCCCCUGACAGCUGUGGAUGGGCGGGAUCAGCUCAGUGUCCUGGUUCAGUCCCUGAAAGAAUGUGUGGCAGCAGUGGCGGAGCGAGCCAGACGCUCGGUGAUCUUCGUGCUGCUCCAGGAGGCGGCGUGCAGCACAGCGCAGGGUCUGCAGCUGCAGCAGAGACGAGACACAGUCUUCAGCCAAGCUCUGGCUGCUCUGGCAUGUGGAUUUGUCAUGCGAUUAUAUGCGGGUUUGGAGGACAAGGGCUUUCUCAGACAGCUGCAUGCGGUCGGACUGGUGGCCCAGUUUGAGAGUCUGCUCAGUACUUACAGUGAAGAAAUAGGAAUGCUGGAGGACAUGGAGGUGGGAAUCUCUGACCUGCACAGAGUGACCUUCAGGAUCACAGAGGCAGCGUCUGAAGAAGCAGUCAGCCUGCAGCCCACCAUCAGCGGUAGACGAGACCGUUACACUGUCGAGGUGCCUCUCCCACAUCAUGCCUUCCAAACGCUCCCGGAUGAGCUGCGCGAGGGCAAGCCGCUACGCGUGCUUCCCGUGCUCUUCAACGUGGGCAUAAAUGAGCAACAAACCAUCGCUGAGAGGUUUGGUGAUAUAUCUUUACAGGAGAGAAUAAACCAGAAGAACUUUGAGAUUCUUGAAGGUUACUAUAAAUCCUUAAUCAACACAGUGCCGUCUGAAUGCCUGCCGUGUUUUCAGUCACAGAUGGACAUUAAGGAACUGCUUGACACCCUCGGACAGAAUGUGGUAACCAAGAAGAGGAAGAAUGUGGAGAUCCUGUGGCUUGCAGGAAUGAUCUGUCGACGGAUGAAUGGUAUCCGUUUCACCAGCUGUAAAAGUGCCAAAGACAGGACGUCUAUGUCAGUGACGCUGGAGCAGUGCUCUCUGCUGCGGGACGAGCACCAGCUCAAUAAAGAUUACUUUGUUCGUGCUCUGGACUGCAUGCGGAGCGGUCGCUUGGCCCAGGGAGAGGUUGCCCAAUGGGACGACCCUGAAGCGGGCUCCAUAGCUAUUAACAAGCCGGCGUCCCGCCACUUCUAUCCAAUCGCCCUUCUGCUUGUCAGCUCCCACCUGCUGGUGGUGUGGCUCAUUUUAAGUCUUGUUUUUUUGCUUGCAAAAUACCAAUAAACUGCUGAUUAUGCCAUAAA